CAAUACAAAUAAAGAUAAUUAAUAAAAAUGAGUUCGUAUAUAAUAGCAGGAAGUUCUGAUAAAGUUGACACAGCAGAAGUACUUCAAUUGUUUUCUUAACUUAAUAGUGUGAGAACAUGGCUAAUCUGAUUAGACAAUAUUAUCCAGAAAUCUCAUUCAAGAUUGUAUUGAAAGAUCUAACUUAAUGGGAAUAAUAUGCCGAUGAGAUCUGUAGAAUUUACGGAUUUAAAUAAAAGAGUAAUCCAAUCAUAUAUACAAUGGAUGGAUGUCUAAUUGGAGACAGAAAUGUAUUACAAUGCAAUCAUUUAGGCAUUUAUUGCAUUAGCAGAGAGUAGAUUCGGUUUCUCUGAUCCAAAGUUGAGACAAGGACCUAUUACUCCAGAUGUUAAUAAGAAGAUUGCCAAAUAAGAAUUGGAUUUGAAAUUAAAAUUAUAGAAAGGUAAGAAAACUAUGGUUGAAAAAAUUGAAUAACAGAUGCUUAUCAUCUAUUCUAAUAAUAUUGUAUAACCUACAGAUGGUGUAUUCAAAUCCUCAUUUAAAAGUGGUGUCAAAGAAAAGCUUAAGAAUUGGUAUGAUUCACUCAAUAAUCUCAUACGUACAGAUGUUAAACGCAACUUAUCAACUGACAGUAUUUAUGCAUCAAGUUUUAGGAAUGGAAUGAAGGUGAUUUCUUUAAUCUAUUAUAGUUCCUAUAUAAGUUUGAUGACAGACUUAGACCAAUCAAGAAAUUAUAAGAAUCUCAUUAUGUUGAAGAAAACAAAGAAACUAUCUAAGAAUCUAAUUAUGUGAAUGCUGAAGUCAAAGAAGAUGGUAAAUUAGUAAUCAAACAAAUCUUGUGGUUUAGUGAAACUGCAAGAUUUCUCACUUUAGAAUAAGAAUAACUCUAAUAAUAACUUUAGGAAUUGGCAUUACAAAGAGAAAGAGAAUAAUCUCAUAAAAAUAGUAAUAUUAUAUUUAUUAUUUAGGUAUGAUAUCUCCUGAUAUCAGAAAAGAUAAUAAUGAAUUAAAUGAUACCAAUUCUUCUCCUAAAGCAACCAUCUAAACCUAACCUAUUGUUGAAUAACCAAAUGAAGAUGGAGAAUAAGAUGUCAUUAAAAACGAUUUAAAUGAUGAUCCCCAAUAAACUGAUCAACAAUCUCCUGAAUAAUUAUAAGAAUUAAAUGCUAAUACUAUUGAAUAAUAAGAAUUAGAUCAAGUUUAAUCUAUUGGAGGUGGAGCUGUUCUUGAUCUCUAAGAAGAUAUUGAAACUAUUCUUAACAAUAAUUAAGAAAAACCAGACAAAAUUGAUAUCUCAGAAUUAUAUGUUCAUAAAUUUAGAAAUUAAUAUGCAUUAAUCUUGCAUCCAUUCCCAUUAAUGGAUGGUUAAAUGUUGUUAUGCAAACCUAUUGAUGAUCAUAUUGAUGAUUUUAGUUGUAUUAAGAGAGGCAGAAUUAACUCAUAUAAAAAGAGUAGUGCAUAAUCAAAUUGUGAAGGAUUAUAUGAACACUAAUUAGAUAUAUUUAAAUCAAUUACAGUUCAAGAUUGUGAGAUUGUCACAAAAAUAAUAAAUAAAUGUGAUGCAUUAGUUGUUUUAAAUAUUCUUCCUUAAGAUUUAGAAUCAUUUUUACCAUUGUCUAAUGGACAUUAUUCAAUAAUUCUUAGAUAACAUGCUGAAUUAAAUAAAGUGAAUAAAAAACUAUUUAAGUUUCUGAAUGAAAAAAAAGUAUAAGUAAAUUAUAAACAAUUAAUGCCAAUUGAAGAAUUUAUUCUUGAUUAAAGAAGUCAAUGUUAUGAAGUUUAAAGAGAAAUAUUUAAACGUAAAUAAAUAAUAUUAUCUUAGUUAAAUCUUUGGAUAUUCAACAUUAUUUUGCAUUUCCUCCUUAAAUUCUAACAGCAGAAUCUAUAAUGGAUAUCAUUUUAAAGAUUUUAUCAAUAAUUUUAGAUUAUGAUCAUAGUACUUUUAAUUAAUAAUAUUUAGCUGCUGCUCUAAAAAUGGGAUUCAAUUUGUUAAUUAGUAAACAUAUAGUAUUUUUAUGUCCAACAUUUUCAAAUUAUGAUAAUAUAGAUGGAUUUAAAUUACACCUUUAGGCAUUUACAGCUAUGGGCUUUUUGAAUCUACCAACAGGAAGUUCUUCAAUCAAUUUCUUUGAUUUAUUGUAAAAAGCUUAAGAGAAAGUCUAAUAAUGA